AUGUCUCAUCACAAAGCACCAGCGUCGGGAGGGCAAGGUCAAGAUGAGCAUAUAGAGUCUGUUGAAGAUUUUUCUCGUCAGAACAGGGAGCACCCAGUUGGGGCUGGACAAGACAGAGCCCUAGGCAUUAUAGCAGAUGCAGGACACUCAUCUGUCCUAACAGCUGAGAACAACGCCCGGGUGCUUCGAAAGAUCGACCUGAGGCUUUUGCCUAUUCUCCUUGGGAUAUAUUUCUUACAGCAACUUGACAAGUCCAGUCUUUCGUAUGCAUCCAUUUUCGGUCUCGUCGAGACAGCUAAUCUCCAUGGACAACAGUAUUCCUGGCUAGGAGCAGUCGUUUAUCUAGUACAACUCGUUGCCCAACCUUUCGUUGCUUACAUCUUGGUCAAAGUUCCAAUUGGAAAGUUCCUGGCAUGCACAACCCUUUGCUGGGGCAUCGCCCUGACUUGUAUGACCCCGGCAAAUACCUUUGCGGGCUUAUUGGUCUGCCGGAUGUUUUUAGGUCUCUUUGAAGCCGGUAUACCUCCGUGCUUCAUCGCUGUGACCCAGAUGUGGUAUCGACGAAUCGAACAACCUGUCCGACUUGGUUCGUGGUACGCUAUGAAUGGUGUAGUAUUCAUGUUUGGCAGUCUGCUCUCGUAUGGUUUGGGCCAUAUAAAGUCUUCAGUUUUUGAGCCCUAUCAGAUUAUCUUCUUAUUCUUCGGUCUCAUAACGAUUGCUUUCUCUGGCCUUAUCCUGUUGUUUAUGCCCGAUUCGCCAAUUCAAUCCAAGUUUCUGACCGAGGAAGACAAGCUCUUAGCUAUUGAGAGACUUCGCAUGAACCAACAAGGUAUUGAGACACAUGAAUGGAAAUGGGAUCAUGUCAAAGAAGCAUGCCUGGACAUAAAGUCAUUUUUCUGGUUUGCCCUGAUGUUUGCAGUCUCGAUUCCUAGCGGUGGUAUCUCGACAUUUGGCCCACUCAUUAUCGAAGCAUUCGGUUUUGAUCAAUUCAAAACAAUUCUUUUCAACAUACCCUUUGGCGCUGUACAGCUCGUGGCAACAAUGGGAGGGGCGUGGCUAGCGACCAAGCUGAAAAUGAAGGGACCUGUCAUAGCCCUGUUAUCUUUGCCUGCCAUUGCAGGCUGCGUCAUGCUCCUGCAGCUUCCUCGUGACGGUCAUCACAAUGGAGCAUUGCUUGCAGGAUAUUACAUUAUUUCUGUGUAUCCUGGAAUUACGCCCAUGAUCUAUUCGUGGUCUGCAGGAAACACCGCCGGUGAGACGAAGAAAAAGAUUGUGAAUGGCAUAGUCCUAAUUGGACAAUGCGCCGGUAACGUUCUCGGCUCGAAUCUGUACACAACUACAGACGCGCCCUUGUAUCGACGUGGUUUGCUAUCCAAGAUGAAUAUGGCAUACCUGUAUUUUCUCAACAAAAAGCAUGAGGAGAAACGAGUGAGUAUGGGUAAGAGUGCAAAGAUCGUCGAUCAUUCGAUGCAAGCUGUUGGCUCAGUGCCAGUGGACAAAACCGAGCCUCAACAACCCGCGGUGAGCGAAGACAACGCGUUCAAAGAUCUCACGGACUGGGAGAACGAAGACUUUGUCUAUGUGUACUGA